CCGCUGAAGGGGUGGGAUCAGGUCAGGCAACAGCAACUGCAGUGUGAGGUGGCGCAGCAGCCCGGGGCAGCGCCUGGCCUGGGAGCAUGCUGCGGGAGGAGUGAAGAAUCGUGCCGCGCCGCCGCGUCGUUUCUCCCCUCUCACCAGGAGUUUCUCUCUUGAGGGCGGAGGCCGGACUCUGCGAGGGAACAUGCAGCCGUUUCCCGGCGUAGCAGUAUAUAUGUUCUGAAAUGUGUGUACGUUCUAAUAACAGUGGUGUGAACAAGGAUGUGUACAUUGCUGGGCAGAGCAACCCAGUGCCUCCCCUGUCAUCUACCUCUUUUGCUGGCCAUGCAGCAGCACAUGCCAUGGCUGGUGCUGGAGCUGUGUUGUCUUCUGCCUUUUGGAGUGGUUGAGAUAUCAAAUUCAGUUACCCAGGAAUAUGAUUGAAAACAGCAUGUUUGAAGAAGAGCCUGACGUUGUUGACUUGGCAAAAGAGCCUUGUUUACAUCCCCUGGAGCCUGAUGAAGUGGAAUAUGAGCCGAGGAGCUCACGUCUCUUGGUCCGUGGCCUUGGAGAGCAUGAAAUGGAUGAUGAUGAAGAGGAUUAUGAGUCAUCAGCAAAAUUGCUGGGGUUGUCCUUCAUGAACAGAAGCUCCAGUCUCCGGAACAACAUGUCUGUCUAUAGACAAAGUUCAAAUGGAUCAUGUUCACUGCCCUCUACAAAGACCAUGGUGGUUUUCACAGUUAUUCUUGUGAUUGCAGUCGCAUUACUAAUGGUGAUUUAUCUUCUUCCAAAAUGUACCUUUACCAAAGAAGGCUGCCAUAAAAAAAACCAUACAAUUGAACUAAUAUACCCCUUGGCAACCAAUGGGAAACUAUUUCCAUGGGCAAAAAUUAGACUUCCUUCUGAUGUUGUACCACUGCAUUAUGAUCUUGUCUUGCAACCCAACCUAACUACUCUGAAAUUUUCAGGCUCUGUAAAGAUAGUGGUUAACAUCAUCCAUGUAACUUGGAAGAUUGUACUUCACAGUUCAGGACUUAAUAUCACCAAGGCAACUAUUACUUCAGCAGGAGGGCAUCAAGAAAAGCCAGCUGAAUUCCUGGAAUAUCCACUGCAUGACCAGAUUGCAGUUAUGGCUCCUGAGGCUCUUCUCGUAGGACAGAAUUAUACUGUCAACAUAGCAUAUUCGUCUAAUUUAUCAGAUACCUAUUACGGCUUUUACAAAAUUUCUUACAAGGAUGAGAAUUCCAAGCAAAGGUGGUUUGCAGCAACUCAGUUUGAACCUGUGGCAGCAAGGUCUGCUUUUCCAUGCUUUGAUGAACCAGCAUUUAAAGCUACUUUUUUCAUCAAGAUCAAGAGAGAUGAGAAACUUGCCACUAUGUCAAAUAUGCCAAAGAAAGCCACUACUCCUGUGACAGACGGAAUUGUUCAAGAUGAGUUUUUUGUGAGUUUGAAGAUGAGCACCUACCUAGUAGCCUUUGUUGUUGCAGACCUGAAAAACAUCAGUAGGGAAACUAAUGAGAGUCUGGUAUCCGUCUAUGCCAUACCACAGCAUAUAAACCAAGUUGAAUAUGCCCUAAAUACAUCAGUGAAACUUCUGGAAUUUUAUCAAAAGUACUUUUUAAUAAACUACCCUCUUGAAAAAUUAGAUUUGGUAGCAAUUCCUGAUUUUCAGUCUGGUGCAAUGGAAAACUGGGGUUUGAUCACCUUCCGAGAAUCAGCACUCUUGUUUGACAGUCAUACUUCUACAGCAAGGGAUAAAAAGUCAGUAACUGCAGUGAUAGCACAUGAGCUUGCCCAUCAGUGGUUUGGCAAUCUGGUAACUAUGGAAUGGUGGAAUGAUCUCUGGCUGAAUGAGGGAUUUGCCACUUUCAUGGAGUACUUUGCCAUGGAAGAGAUUUUUCCAGAAUUACAUUCAGAUGAAGAUUUCCUUGAUUUGAUUUUCAAGGCUAUGAUGAAGGAUUCCUUGAAUUCUUCACAUCCAGUGUCCUCUGCUGUUCAGUCUUCAGAGCAAAUUGAAGAAAUGUUUGAUGCACUUUCUUAUAUCAAGGGCGCUUCACUUCUUUUGAUGCUGAAGCACUAUCUCACUAAGGAUGUUUUCCAAGCUGGAAUUGAGGUAUACUUGCAUAAUCACAAGUAUGGAUGUGCCCAGAAUGAUGACUUGUGGGACAGCAUUAAUGAGAUUACCAAUGGAACACUAGAUGUAAAAAAGUUGAUGAAAACUUGGAUCGUGCAGAAAGGAUUUCCUUUAGUCACUGUUGUCCGAAAGGGAAAGAUUAUUUCUGUAAAACAAGAGAAAUAUUUGUACCUCAUGGAACCAGAAAACUGGACGCCAGAUGCAAGUUAUCUGUGGCAUAUUCCUCUCACCUACAUAACUAGUAGCUGUAACUUCACCCAUUGUACUAAUGCAUAUUUAUUGGACCAGAAGUCAGCUAUCAUUGAACUUCCAGAAGAGGUGGAAUGGAUAAAAUUCAAUGUGGACAUGAACGGCUAUUACAUAGUACACUAUGGUGAAGACUGGAAAACACUUAUUGAUCUUUUGAAAAAAAACCAUACUGCUUUGAGUCCUAAAGACAGAGCCAAUUUAAUCAACAAUAUCUUCAACCUUGCAGGUCUAGGAAAAGAGUCUCUGGAAAAGGCCUUUGAGCUCAUUGAUUACCUUAACAAAGAGAGCAGCACUGCGCCACUCACUCAAGCUUUGUUUCAGCUGAGUCUUAUAUACAACCUUUUAGAGAAAAAGGGUGAACAACAGCUGGCAGCACGCCUCAUGCACAGAAUAGAGCGCCUGCUUGGAGAAAAAAUUGAUCAACAGAGUUGGACAGAUGAUGGGGUCUUGUCUCAACGAGAGCUCCGGUCAACGCUGCUAGCUUUUGCCUGCACCCAUGAUAUAAGAAACUGUAGAACAACUGCCAGUGAAAUGUUUGAGAAGUGGGUGAACUCUAAUGGAACAAUGAGCUUGCCUAGUGAUGUUAUGAAAGCCAUAUUUACAGCUGGAGCCAAAUCUAGUGAUGGCUGGGACUUCCUCCUAAAGAUGUACUCCUCUUCAGUUUCUGAAGCAGAGAAAAGUAAAAUGAUUGAAGCCCUGGCCAGCACAGAAGAUGUCAGAAAGCUAAUCUGGUUAAUGCAGAACAGCCUUGAAGGAGAAGUCAUCAGGACACAGGAGCUUUCACACAUCAUAGCAACUGUUAGCCAGAGUUUACCUGGAUAUUUGUUGGCUUGGGACUUUGUCAAAGAGAACUGGGAAAAGCUUACACGAAAGUUUCACCUAGGCUCAUACACUAUCCAGAAUAUCAUUAGCUGGUCGACUUCUCAGUUUGCAACAAAGGCACACUUGAUUGAGGUGAAGUCAUUUUUUGAGUCAAAAUCAGAGCAGAGUUCUCAACUGCAUUCUGUAAAAGAGGCAAUCGACACAAUUCAGCUCAACAUCCAGUGGAUGGAGAGGAACUUAGCAAUGCUGCAAGAACUACUGUAGUAUAUAAUGCUGUGGUGUGUCAGCCCUUUUGAAGCUCUAUGGGCAGUUGCUGUAUUUCUUUUGCAAAAGCCCUGGUUAAACCAGGCAUCACUGCAACACUGCACUAUUAAAGAGUCUAGAUAGCUCA